AGAAAUGUAACCUACGGCAGCAAGCGAGAUGAUCUUCUGGAAAUCUUUACUUUUGCUUCACUCUGAGGAUAAUUUGCUUCAGGCAAGAGGUUUUUGGGUGCUGCUGAAAUUUCGGAGAUCUGGGAAAAUGGGGUAAUAACAUGACACCAGCUCUUAAGCAGCAACAUCUGCUGUGGUUCAAAGCCACACAAAGAAAGCUGCUUAAGCAGUUGAAUAUUUUGGACUGCACGGACAAGUGUGGUUCAACUGCAAACACUGCAGAGUGGAGGAAACUUAAAGUUUAGAGAAGUUGUUUAAAAAUGGAGUCGUGGAAGAUGAGCAUCUUUAAGAGACAAACAUCACCUUGUCCUCCAAGCUAUCGAAGAUCUUUGUCAGAACCUGCUUAUGCAAAUUCAGAGAUAGGAACAAGCUUAAAGAAUUAUCCUUGGCGUGGUCCAGUGAAAAGCAAGAGGAAGAAAAAUGAACAUGCUGUUUCCAACCUAGGAAAGCCACUGGGUGCUUAUCGGUGGCAAACACAUCCCAGCUUUAGGUGGAAAGGGGGCAAAAGGGAGAGAUGGCAGACUAAUAAAGGAGACUUGGAUGAACCACAACAAAAGGUCGUGCCAAAGAUGGUUGGUAAUAAUGCUUCUUCCUCUGCUAAUGAGGUCCUUGGAACAUCAACAGAGAAGCUGAACCUGGUCAACACCCGGUCACUUCGGGUUCCAUUCACCAGAUCUAUUUCCGAGCCAGAACCCCGCUGCAGUAUCAGAUUUGGUAGACCGUGGCCGACUUCAGUGAGGUCAGAGGAGUCUGAGCAGCAGGGAUAUUUCAUCCGUGGCAUUUUUUCUACUCUUUCCAAUGGCUUCUCCAGGAUGCUGAGUUUAAGAGGAGAAUCAACCAAUGAGCCAGUAAGAGAAGAUGUGAAGGGGCCACCCACACAUCGUCUGUCUUGCGGCCAGUCACCCUACACGGAAACGACAACGUGGGAGCGGAGGUACUGCAUCCUCACGGACAGCCAGCUGGUGCUGCUCAACAAGGAGAAGGAGAUACCUGUGGAGGGAGGACAGGAGCAGCAGACAGAUUCCACCAAAGGGCGAUGCCUGAGGAGAACCGUCAGUGUCCCUUCCGAGGGCCAGUUUCCUGAGUACCCACCAGAGGGCGCCACUAAACUGGAGGUGCCGGCAGAAAGGUCCCCCCGCAGACGGAGUAUCUCAGGGACCAGUACAUCAGAGAAACCCAACUCCAUGGACACUGUAAAUACCUCACCCUUCAAAGUACCAGGGUUCUUCAGCAAGCGCCUGAAAGGCUCCAUCAAGAGGACCAAAAGCCAAUCAAAGCUUGACAGAAACACGAGCUUUCGGCUUCCAUCCCUUCGUAACACAGAUGACAGGGCUCGUGGUCUGCCUAAACUAAAAGAGUCACGUUCCCAUGAGUCCUUGCUGAGCCCUUGCAGUGCAGUAGAGUGUCUGGAUCUUGGCAGAGGAGAGCCCGUGUCAGUGAAACCACUCCAUAGUAGCAUCCUUGGACAAGAUUUCUGCUUUGAGGUUACCUACUUAAGUGGAAGUAAAUGCUUCAGCUGUAACUCCGCUUCAGAGAGAGAUAAGUGGAUGGAAAACCUUCGUAGGACAGUUCAACCAAAUAAGGACAAUUGCAGACGAGCUGAAAAUGUUCUUCGUUUAUGGAUCAUUGAAGCCAAGGACCUUGCCCCUAAAAAGAAAUAUUUCUGUGAACUGUGCCUUGAUGAUACCCUCUUUGCUCGUACAACCAGCAAGACCAAAGCAGAUAAUAUUUUCUGGGGUGAACAUUUUGAAUUCUACAGCCUUCCACCUCUUCAUAGCAUCACAGUUCACAUUUAUAAAGAUGUGGAAAAAAAGAAAAAAAAAGACAAGAAUAAUUACGUCGGGCUAGUCAACAUUCCCACUGCCAGUGUGACUGGUCGCCAGUUUGUAGAAAAGUGGUACCCAGUGAGUACCCCUACGCCCAACAAAGGAAAGACAGGCGGACCUUCUAUUCGGAUUAAAUCGCGGUUCCAAACUAUCACCAUUCUGCCUAUGGAGCAAUACAAAGAAUUUGCAGAAUUUGUCACCAGCAACUACACCAUGCUGUGUUCUGUCCUUGAACCAGUAAUUAGUGUGAGAAAUAAAGAGGAGUUGGCUUGUGCCUUAGUGCACAUUCUUCAAAGUACCGGCAGAGCCAAGGAUUUUCUGACCGACUUGGUGAUGUCUGAGGUGGAUCGCUGUGGAGAGCAUGAUGUCUUGAUCUUCAGAGAGAACACCAUUGCCACCAAAUCCAUUGAGGAAUACCUCAAGUUGGUGGGACAACAGUAUCUUCAUGACGCAUUGGGGGAGUUCAUCAAAGCUCUGUACGAGUCAGAUGAGAACUGUGAGGUGGAGCCCAGCAGGUGUUCCUCUAGUGAACUGAUAGAGCAUCAGAGCAACCUGAAAAUGUGCUGUGAGCUGGCUUUCUGCAAGAUCAUCAACUCGUACUGUGUUUUCCCUCGUGAGUUGAAAGAAGUGUUUGCGUCAUGGAAGCAGCAGUGCCUGAACCGUGGCAAGCAGGACAUCAGCGAGCGGCUCAUCAGUGCCUCGUUAUUUCUGCGUUUUCUGUGCCCAGCCAUUAUGUCUCCCAGUCUUUUCAACCUGAUGCAGGAGUAUCCUGAUGACCGCACGUCUCGGACUCUGACUCUAAUUGCCAAGGUCAUUCAGAACCUGGCUAACUUUGCCAAAUUUGGUAACAAAGAAGAAUACAUGGCAUUCAUGAAUGAUUUUUUAGAACAUGAAUGGGGUGGAAUGAAGCGCUUUCUUUUGGAGAUCUCUAAUCCGGACACCAUCUCGAACACGCCAGGCUUUGAUGGUUACAUUGAUCUGGGCCGAGAGCUUUCAGUUUUGCAUUCCUUACUGUGGGAAGUAGUUUCCCAACUUGAUAAGGGUGAAAAUUCCUUCCUACAGGCGACCGUGGCAAAAUUGGGACCUCUCCCUCGAGUUCUUGCUGAUAUUACCAAGUCUCUGACUAAUCCUACACCAAUACAACAGCAACUAAGACGCUUCACUGAGCAUAACUCCAGUCCAAAUGUCAGUGGAAGCCUCUCCUCUGGGCUGCAGAAAAUAUUCGAAGACCCCACUGACAGUGAUUUGCAUAAACUAAAAUCUCCAAGCCAGGACAACACUGAUAGCUACUUCAGAGGGAAAACAUUACUGCUGGUGCAGCAAGCGUCCUCCCAGAGCAUGACUUACUCUGAAAAGGAUGAGAAGGAAAGUAGCCUUCCUAACGGUCGGAGCAUCUCCCUCAUGGACCUUCAGGACACUCACGCUGCUCAAGUGGAGCAUGCACCUGUCAUGCUCGAUGUGCCUAUGCGCUUAACUGGAAGCCAGCUUUCCAUAACCCAGGUGGCCAGCAUCAAACAACUGCGGGAAACCCAGAGCACUCCCCAGAGCGCACCCCAAGUGCGAAGGCCCCUGCACCCGGCCUUGAACCAGCCAGGCAGCCUCCAGCCCUUGUCAUUCCAGAACCCUGUCUAUCACCUCAAUAACCCAAUUCCGGCAAUGCCAAAGGCCUCUGUGGAUUCCAGUUUGGAGAACCUAAGCACUGCCAGUUCCAGAAGCCAAAGUAACAGUGAGGAUUUCAAACUCAGCGGGCCCAGCAAUAGCAGCAUGGAAGAUUUCACCAAACGCAGCACCCAGAGCGAGGAUUUCUCCAGGCGGCAUACUGUGCCAGACAGACACAUACCUCUUGCUCUGCCACGGCAGAAUAGUACCGGGCAGGCCCAGAUCCGGAAAAUGGACCAGGCUGGGUUAGGUGCCCGAGCCAAAGCCCCGCCAUCCCUGCCACAUAGUGCUUCCUUACGUAGCACGGGGAGCAUGUCGGUGGCCUCUGCAGCCCUCAUGGCCGAACCUGUGCAGAAUGGGAGCCGGUCCCGGCAGCAGUCUUCCUCCUCCAGAGAGAGCCCUGUUCCCAAAGUGAGAGCGAUCCAGAGACAACAAACACAGCAGGUUCAGUCACCUGUGGACUCUGCCACAAUGUCCCCAGUAGAGAGGACAGCAGCCUGGGUUCUGAACAAUGGACAAUAUGAAGAGGAUGUGGAAGAAACUGAGCAAAAUCAAGAUGAAUCCAAGCAUGCUGAGAAGUACGAGCAGGAAAUCACGAAGCUGAAGGAGCGCCUGCGAGUGUCCAGCCGGCGGCUGGAGGAGUAUGAGCGCCGCUUGCUGGUGCAGGAGCAGCAGAUGCAGAAGCUGCUGCUGGAGUACAAGGCGCGGCUGGAGGACAGCGAGGAGCGCCUGCGCAGGCAGCAGGAGGAGAAGGACAGCCAGAUGAAAAGCAUCAUCAGCAGGCUCAUGGCUGUGGAAGAGGAACUGAAGAAGGACCACGCUGAGAUGCAAGCCGUUAUUGAUGCAAAGCAAAAAAUAAUUGAUGCACAGGAAAAACGGAUCGUGUCCCUGGAUUCGGCCAACACCAGACUGAUGAGCGCACUGACCCAAGUGAAGGAGCGAUACAGUGUGCAGGUCCGCAAUGGCAUCUCCCCCACCAACCCCACCAAGCUUUCCAUCACGGAGAAUGGUGAAUUCAAAAACAGCAGCUGCUGACGGGCUCUGUGAAUAGACAGACUGUGGGAGGAGACAGAAGGAAGUCUCCCCGCUCUCCUGUCCCCAGUCCUUUCCCCAACCCCACCAGGUUUACAGAAUGUUGCUACUUCAAAACAGCAGAGUGGCGAGAAACUCUUGAAUGAAGAAGGAACCUUGUCUUUCAGGGCAGAAGGCUAAGCCUUCCAAGGUCGACGCUUUCCCCCCAUGUCUCUUGUGUACAUAGGGAAUUUAGUUCUGGGCCAUGUACAGAAAAUACCACUGUAAUAUACCAAAAGGAAGUUAAUAAUGUAGAUUACCUUUUUAAUUAUUACUAUUUUUAUUAUUGUUUUCCUCUUGUUGAAAGCACUGCAGUUGUUAGAGGAGGAAAAAGUAGGAACGAUGUGUGAGUGAGAAAUGAGCCCAGGGGCUCAGUAGGUAGAGACCGAGUGUCUAUCUGAUAGACAUAGGAUAUCGUCAGAAUGGAUUUUUCAGGGAUUCCCCUGCCAGUCUCAAAACCCCACUCUGGCCCCCUUGUCCUGUAGGAGAACAUGCAAAUACCAAGAACCAAACAAAACAAUUUGUCCCGUUGGCCAACCCAAGACUGGUUCCGGACGGACGGCUAAUCUGAUUUGGGAAUGCGCUGUCUCGGAAAACACAGAUAAGAGCUGUGGCAUCAAAACCGGACUUUAGGAGUGAUUUCUAUUGAACUCCUGUUGAUGUUUAUUUCCUUCUGCCUAGAGCAGAUGGGAAUUUUCCACUUUAGAUAGGGGGCUUUUUUUUAACCCCAGUUGUAAUAAAGGGUGUUCUUUUUUUCCUCUUUAGAGUUUACAGAACUAUAAAUAUUCGUGUCUCUGCAUCCCGUCUCCAUCUGCACCACCCACUGCCCUCUCCUCCCCAUGGUGGGAGCAGUCAUCACAUCAGGGUUUACUCUCCCCUGGAGAGGUUGUCCCAAUAUGCUGUCCAUAAGCCAUCCAAAAGAAACACCCUUUCUUCCACACAGAAAAGGGCUAAUCAUACCAUAGCAGGAAUCUCUGACUAUUUCCUAUUAAAAAACAAAAACGAAAAAACAGCUUUUCUAUUUGUAACUUCAUUUUUGUUUGGGAUAAAGAUUUUAUCCAUUGUACUAGCAAAUCUCUGGGCAGGGUAAUUUUAUCUCAGUCGUUAGCUCUUAAAUGGCUUCUUCUAAUUCCCUCACUGAAAUUUGGAAAGGAAAUCCAGACCCAAAGCAUCGCCCUCUCACACAAGUCAGGAUAACUCCUGUACAAUAAGAAAACGAAAAGCGAAGGACCGCGCACUCCAGCUGUUCUCCCGCGUUCUUCGUAGAUGUGGCAAUAAUGACUGUGUUGUACCGAUUUGUCAUCCUUGGCUUCACUGUGGGACAGAAACCGUCGUGGAAGCUCAUUUACUUCCCUUUUUUCCCGAGGUGUGAAAUGUCAUCUUGAAUGCAAACUUGAUUAUCACAAGUAUGGAAUGUGACGUCUUAAAACGGACAUUAUGUAUACAAAUAUAUAUACGUAUAUACUCACACAUAUGUACAUAUAACUGCACAAAUAGGAAAGUUCAUGCCUUCUCCGCUGUCAGAUAUAAUGUAAAAGGGUUUUUGAAUCUCUUUAAGCAAGAUCUAAGCAGUUCUUUAUACUGAGAAAGCAACAUUUCCCAAAUAAGUUAAUGAUGUUUGUUUCAAAUUAUGAACUAUAAGGAAAUUUUUAAAAAGGAAAAAAGGAGAGGAAGAUUAAAAAAAACAAAAGACGUGAGGGAGCCAUAUGCAUGGAGUGAGUCUUUCUACAUAACAGAAUAUCAUAAGGAAACAAGAGAACAUGUAUCGUGUCCUCUCUUGGGUGAAGCCCAGACUCCCAGACUCCACGUCUGUGAAUAGCCUCCCUUUCACGGUGCCCCAGGCUCGCACCCGGACCUCUUGAGCACGGCCCCCGGGGCCCAGGCGGAUCUCUGUGCUGGAGCUUGCGUCUCAGCAGCCUCCCCACACCCUCCCCUCCCCCCCCCCCCCCCCGCCCCCAACCCACAGCCUUUUAAAACACUUCCCUUCACAAUCGUCCCGUUUCUGCUGGUCAGAGAUGGAAGGCAGGCUGCUCAUGCGCUUAUCUGAUCUGCGGUUUUCAUGUCCCCACACUUUGGCACCUGGUUAUCUUCUCGACCCCUGAUAGUUAUUUUAUAUAGUCUCACCUCCUCCCUCUAAGCCUAGGGCAGGCACACUGUGGUCAAAAUCACUUAUUUUCAUAGGAAAAAAAAAAAUCUCACUAACUCUGAAGACGUACCCUUUGUUGGCAGGAGGGAUGUAAACGUAGGUGGCCUUGUUCGUGGCUAUUCUCAGCUCUAGCCUUGUUUCAUCCUUUCUUUAUAAAAGCCUUCGACUGUGCUGCAGAAAGCCUGGUAAAAGAAUUGUCAGUUUCAGUGGCCUUAAGUAUGUAACUUGGGUGAUGUCUUGCAUUGAG